GAUUUUAAGGACCAGCGUUUCAGUAAGUACAAGCAGGACUUGUGCGAUCGUUGUUGUUUUGCUUCUCACACGGCGCACAAAGUUAUUCAUGACGUGCGAGGGGGUCUGUCGAUCAGACCCCCUCUCAGUUUCACCAGCCACCCUCCUCCUCGUCAUCAUCUUUCCAGGCCACAGGCGCCGUGAAAAUAAUAAUCCCGAGCAAAUAUCACGUCUAAACCCCCAUCGGCCUUGUAUUCUUGCAACAAUAAUGUCGAAAUCUGACAGCGACACAUGCGGCGAAUGCGCGAACGCUGCGCCCUUUACGCUGCGCCACCACUCCCAAACACUCCUCUCCGGGGCUUCAAGUUUCAGACAGUCACUUCCGCCGGCAGGGGCUGCGGGGAGAGGUGCGGUCAGGAGCGUUGCGUGGCGUGUGUCUUGCUGUGUUUGCACGUCCAAAAGUCAUGGAUGGACUCGCCGGUGAGCAAACACGGGGUGCGCGUUCGUGCUGGCAGUCGGAUCGUCGCGCCACUAGCAAAGAAGUCUCUGCGAACGCGGGCUCGUCCUAACUGAGGCGGAGAGGAAAUAUUGACAUUGGAGGUCAGUCUGUAAGCUGAGGCUCCCAUUUCCUAAAGUCAGACCCCUGAUCUGACACAAAAAUGACUUCGGAGCGGGGAGACCUUCCCGCACUCGAGUCCGGCAUGUCGUCUCUACUUUGCGGAGCCUUCUCGUCUCCUAUUGGGCUGACUCGGCACAACAUCAGUUAUGAUGAGCACAUGGAUCUCCCCAUGCAUUCCCCCCCUCCAGACAUGAACGUCAACAUCUUGUGGAAAGACCCUGUCAUCCCACACCACAGGUUCAGGCACAUUGUAGAGGAAAGUGAGAAGGGUGGGAAGGCACUGACUCCUGAUGUAGCAGCAGCACCCAGGUCCCCAGUUCCAGUGGUGAAAGCCAAAGCCACUUCUUUAAUGAGCUCAAUUAUGAUAAAGCAAAGUCAGGAGAAUCUCCAUAGGUUUGAGCACCAGGCAGGGCUUGCAGAUGAUGUUUAUUCACCGCACAAAGGCCUGUCUGCAGAGGAGACCCGAUCUCACAGACGAGUUGAUGCCACACUUCCAAAGUUGAGAAUGCCAAGCGGGGACUUUAAGGAGGACAGGGUUACGUCAUCAGCACAAUCCACCCCAAGUGGCACCCCUUCGGUCACCCCCAGUGUCACCCCCUGUGUCAGUCCUAUCUCAUCCCCAGCUGUCAGUCGCAGGAACUGGUUGCAGCUGAGUCCAGCACCUUUUCUUGCCCCUCCAGAGCCUAACAAACUCAGCCCCAGCACAAACAUGGGAGGAAAUGAGGGUGGAGGUGGAGGAGGAGGUGUGGAAAGGUGGAGCUUUUUUGGAACUCGAUCUGUGGUUCACAAGUCCCCUACUGAUCCGGGCUCUGAUACCAGCACAGGCUUCUCAAUACAGUCAUACUUUGGCCUGCAGAAGUCCUCCACUGUGGACGGCACCAACAGUAAGAUCAAUCUGAAGGUGGAAGACCCUGCCAAUUUCAUGCCUCCUAAAAUCGACAUCUCAGGCAUUGAAGCCAAACGGGCUUCCACACGGCCACACAAACUUAAACCCCGGGACAUGAAUGUUUUAACACCUUCAGGCUUCUGAAGUCCGACUAGUUCCUCCAGUUGCACCAGUUGUAGUGGGCUUUUCUUCUUCGCCUGGCUAAACAUCGGCUUUCCUGCCUUCAGUGUCCUGUGCUUCCCUGGAAAAUCACUUGGUGGGAGAAGAAUGGGAGCCACCACUAGUAUUAGCUCACCAGCCCCAGAGACAUCACUGCUCUGUUACUCUCAGCCUUCUCCAAUCCCCUUUCAGUUUCUUCCAGCUCAUUGGUCCAAAUAAAAACAAUGAAUUCACUUAAUUUGUCACCCUGAAAAAUUCUUAAAAUUAGUGUCACAUUAAUGGGUACAUUUGCGCACAUCGUCUUGCUGUCCUCAUUUCAUUGUUGGCAAUGGCAUGAGAUAGAUGUUGUAAUAUCUUGUCAGUUGUUUUCAGAAGUUGAUCACGUUAGCUUUGACUCUCACACUAACACUGACCUCCUGUUUCUCUUCAAAACGCUCAGAUGCGUGCCUCAUUUGUAUUUUUUUUUGGUUGUAUUUUUCAUAAUUAUUAUUAUUGCUCUUAAACUCACAGAUUUAUUGUUGUAUAGUGCUUUUCUGUCUGCAUGCAGAGUGCAGCUUGGGUUUGACUGAAAUGUGCCUGAAUUUGCAGCUGUUUAGAGCCAAUUUUAGCUUCUUUUUUUCUCAAACUUUAUUGAACAGCUUACAAUUUGACAUUGACUGAAAGUGACUGCUGACCUGAGGUGAUUUUUUAUUUUUUGAGUUGUGAUUAUUUUUAAUUUUUUUUUCCUAUUGUCCUGUUUUAAGAUUUGUUUAUUCCAUAUAGUGGGUAUUCCAUUCUUUUGGAUUAGACCUUUGUAAAUAACUCUGAAAUGUUGGUUUAAUAAGCUUUGAAAAUACAGCAUUCAGGAGGUACCUUAAGUUUUGGGCUUCUCAUGUCAAAGAACUCAGCUGAUUUUUAGAAAGAUGUUGAGUUCUGUUAAGCAAUUGCACAAGGGAGGAAAUCUCCCACAAAUACCUGUUAAUAAAUCUCAUAAGUGAAAAUGGAUUUUGGAUUAAUUCUUUCAAUUGCAUAAAGACAUUUCAUGUAUUUCACAAUAUAGUCCCUAAAAUACUUCAUACAUUACAACAGAUCUUUCAUUUGAGGCUCAUAGAAUCAAAAUUCAUUCAAACAUCAGUAUUAAUCAAUUAAAUGUUUCAUAUGAAAUCCUGAAAAAAAAGGGGGAUAUAGACUAAAUGAACUAGCUCUGAUUUAAAGCCGAUGAAACAAGGAUUCUAUCACAUUAAGAUAUUUGACCUUGUAUCAAAUGAUCAGUUUACAAGCCUCUCUUAUUUUGGAUUAUAUUGUUUUAUUUGUAUUUCUGCUGUAGGUUGGUGGGUUAGUUGGUACUGCUGCGUCAUUAUAAAAGGGUUUUUGGUUCAAAUCCUGGUAAAAGCCUUCCUGUGUGAAGUUGUUAUCCUGACGCAUGUGCAGGUUUUUCUACGGAAACAUACAUUUGAGGUCAGAUGGUGAUUUGGUGUGGGUGUGUAUCUGUGAUGUCCAGGAUCUCCCCCUCUUUCACCUAAUGACAGUUUAUGAGGCUACAGCCUCCGCGCCAUAGAAAAUGGAUGGCUCAUUUUGCUUCUGUGGUGAAAACGACUUGUACUUGCAGUCUUUGGCCAGAAGAGGUCACAAUUAGUUCACAAGAUCACAAUUGUUGAACGUUUGUUAAGAUCAGUAACAUUGAAAAGCUCAAACAGCAACAAUGUGCUCGUGCUUUUCCACACAGAGUGACUGAA